AUGAUUCUUUCGCCCAACACAACGCCAGCGUUAGUGAAAAGAAUUUAUGAAAUUUCGGCUCGAGCCAAACAAUUGAAAACAUUAUUGCCAAUCGCUACAAAAAUUGUGGAUUAUGAAUUGAAUGAAUUGAUGUAUCAAGUGAGAAUCGCUGUCGCAGGAUAUUUAAAAACAAGUAAUUUGGAAAAGGAGAUUGAAAAAGAACAAGAAGCUGAAGAAAAACAUGUAAAAAUACCCAAGCAAGAAGAGGCCCCUCUCACACAAGAUCCAUUCCGACCAAUAGAUACCACUCUGGAGGUGACAUCAGUCGAGCCCUACCAUACAAUGUUGUUGAACAAGUUUAUGGUAAUUCCAGAACAUUUGUUAAUAAUUACGAAAGAAUUUAAGCCUCAAACAGAACACUUGACAAUGGAUGAUUUUAAAUCUGUUGUCACUACUUUGAAACAACUUCAUGAAGGUAAUCAAGAUGCUGACGAUUACAUUUGUUUCUACAAUAGAGGACUCUAUUCAGGAGCUUCACAACCACACAAACAUAUACAACUCAUUCCAAGACGUGAAAGAAAUGAAGCAACUUUGGAAUGGACUCCCAUUGAGAAUUUUCCUCUUCCCAGACAAUUUGACAUUCAUGUUUCCAAGUACCCAUCGACAGUGACCGAUUUCAAAGAUUUCUCAUUUUUGCAUCAAAUUAGAUCCAUCAAGCAUUGCUUUGAAUUCAGUGAUGACGCAGCAAUUGUGAAAGCUCUCUUUGAAGUUUAUGUAUCCAUGUUGAAAGAAUUGGAUAUGUAUGAAGACAGAGUGGUCAAAGAUAGCGAGGAAAGAGUGUUAAAAAUUCAGUGCAACGCAGGAGAAAUUUAUGAGAUUAGUCUUUGUCCAAAACGAUACCCCAGCUACAACUUGCUCUUCUCUAAAAAGUGGAUGGUUCUUGUACCAAGAAGAAACGAAAAUUAUAUGGGAAUUUCAUGCAAUUCCUUGGCAUUCCUGCAUGGAUUCUUUGCCAAGACGGAUGCUCACUGGGAGCAUUUAAAAUCAGAGGUCAAAAUUCCCAAGCUUUUGGAAUAUUUGACAUUCCCAUCACAUCAUGAUCAUGCAACAAGUGCUAAUAAAUAG